AUGUGUCACAAAUGUGCGGAGAAGGUCAGCGAUGUCAAGGAUGUCAAAGAAGGCGAAAGUCUUCCCGCGGCCCUGCCGAUAGACAUCUUAGGAGCUGGAGUUGUUGAGUUUUGCGAGCCUCGUACUCGACAGCCAUUUCAAGCCGAAGCAAUGCUCGUUUGUGGACAAGGCGAAUUUUUAUGGAGCGAACAGAGGGUCAGGCGAAUCAUUGGGAGAAUGGGCGGCGCGACUAAGAGGUCUCGCAAGCUAUUGCGAUUUCGGCACCGGAAUUCUGGAAACGACCUUAAGGGAUCGUUUCGUUCUCGGCCUGGGCCCAGGUCCAGAACGCGACAAGUUGUUCGAGCAGAACCCGUCAAACUUACGCUGACACGUGCUAUCGAGCUGGCUGAGCAGGCAGCUUGCGCCAAACAGGCGAUGGUGAUGUGCAACAGUGAAGCUAUCCCUGUUAAGGAGGAGCCGGUAUACCGAGUGCGAAAUCAAGGUCAACCCGGUCGGGUCAGUGGUGCUCGGCGGGCAAACGGCGGGUAUGCUGCCUCAUCGCGCUGCGCUGUUUGUGGGAUGGAAAAUCACCAAAGAGCUGGAGUUGUUGAGUUUUGCGAGCCUCGUACUCGACAGCCAUUUCAAGCCGAAGCAAUGCUCGUUUGUGGACAAGGCGAAUUUUUAUGGAGCGAACAGAGGGUCAGGCGAAUCAUUGGGAGAAUGGGCGGCGCGACUAAGAGGUCUCGCAAGCUAUUGCGAUUUCGGCACCGGAAUUCUGGAAACGACCUUAAGGGAUCGUUUCGUUCUCGGCCUGGGCCCAGGUCCAGAACGCGACAAGUUGUUCGAGCAGAACCCGUCAAACUUACGCUGACACGUGCUAUCGAGCUGGCUGAGCAGGCAGCUUGCGCCAAACAGGCGAUGGUGAUGUGCAACAGUGAAGCUAUCCCUGUUAAGGAGGAGCCGGUAUACCGAGUGCGAAAUCAAGGUCAACCCGGUCGGGUCAGUGGUGCUCGGCGGGCAAACGGCGGGUAUGCUGCCUCAUCGCGCUGCGCUGUUUGUGGGAUGGAAAAUCACCAAAAAGUAGAAUGUGGUGGCCUAAUAUCGACCGUGACAUCGAACGGUGGAUCGGCUCGUGUACGACGUGCGCAAACGUGCGUACGGCGCCGCCACGGGACCCCCCCGCACCCUGGCCCGCCGCCGCUGGCCCGUGGCAGCGCGUACAUA